CAGGGAUGUUAAAACUCCAGCAAUGACGGGUACGCGCAAUCCGGUUCAAACUUGGCAUGCUCGAUCCACGGAUCGUCAUCCACUGUCCACUUUUCCAGCUUACGACCGCAGCAGAAGCACCGGACCCGGUCUUCUCCAGCCUCCAUGAAGAAGAAACCCGCACGUGCCAUGUCAUUCGCUCGAUGCGUAACCCAUCCCGGCCAAUCAGCGUACGUUGCGAAGCGCUCUCGAUAUUCUUUCAUAGCGGGGACGUAGAGCUCGUCAUCAGGGACCAUCGCAGCAUAAGAGCAAUUAGGAUUAGAUCGCCGGUGCUCGAACAUGGGUUUGUCACCCAUCAUCCAGUUGAAGUGUACGACGUUGCAGACGACACACUUGACUUCAUCUCCUGUACCCGUAUAAAUAUAUCCCGCUUCCGCUAACGACUGUGGGGAAACGUAAGCCAGAGGCCACUUUUCAAACGUCUUGAACCGAUCGGCAAAAUUCAUAUUCCGCUCAGCAUUCUGCAACUAAACGAAAGUCUAUUUAAGGACCUCAGAACGCAGUCGUUUGCUAACGCUUACAUUAUGGCAAACCUACAGCAUAUGCUGUGCUACGCGCGCAACGUGGAGCAAAAAUGUGAAAAAGUGCUUUUGAUUCUUCUUUAUGUUGUAUUUUUUGUGGUAUUCGCUGCAUUUGUCGUUACGGAAGGAGUCGGAAAAAUCUUACAAAGUGAUCACUGGAACAAAACCAUGCGAAAUUUAACGUCAUAACUCACCGGCAUGAUUGGUACCGCAGCAGCCGUAAAUCCUUGGAUUUGGAUAUCUCACUGGUAUCAACAAAAAAUGUGUCCGCCGCCGACAUGGAGAAAGCGUUUCAAAAUUUAUUCGAAAAGCUGGGCCCCCAAACACCAGGCUUGGUUUUUUACCGAAAGCAGAUUCCACCAUCUAUUUUGCCUGAUCUCGCCAAGUUUCAAGGGCUUAAAAAGCUCAGCCUGAUUGACUGCAACUUGCGCUCGCUGGAAGGGUUACCACGGCUCCCCGAUCUACGUAUAUUAAUGCUGGGUGACAACAAUUUGGACGACCUCAGCCCCAUUCCUAACUGCUUCCCCAACUUGGAGAAGUUGUCCGUUGUGGGAAAUAGAAUUAGACUGCGGGAUCAGCUGCAACCGCUGACGCGUCUGAACAAAUUGCGCGCCUUGGACGUCGAAGGAAACGACAUCUGUGAAAUUCGAGGACACGACCGUUGGCUGAAAGACACGUUCCCACAGGUGACGCAUUUUAUUAUCGUCGCGUACGAUGUGGACGGCGAUGAAGAGGACGAUGGUAAUGCUACUCGGAUUCUUUGCAAUGAACACCUGGACGAUGAUGAUGAGGCAUUCGACGAUGAUCAGAUGGACAAUUUAGAAGUAAUAAUGGUCAUGCCAAUUGACUUACUUGAGAGUAUUUGAAUGCUCCAUUUAUCGAUAUUGCAUUCUCCACUUUAUAGUUUAAGUGUUUAUUGUUUUGCGACUUGGAAUGCGCUAACUGCGGUUGAUAAAAUAAAUGAAUUGAAAAACGGUGAUACCGUACGAUGUUUUACCUCCUUUACAACAACCUUUUACA